AUGAGUCUGUCUACAACUCGUGGAACACAUUUCGAUAGGAUCACUGGCUUAGCUGAAAUUGAACUUUUGACCUUCUGGACAUCAGUGCCGUGUCCCAAGGAAUCUCGGAGGAAGUGGAAGUCUCCAAACGUUGCCCACCUGGAUGGAAUCCCGGUAGGAUGGGAUGCACCAAAUCAUGGUAAGGUCUGGAUGCACCACAUUUCGAUAGGCUCGGAUGUACUAGAUUUUGGUAAAUUUGUAGAUGUACCGGCGGGCCUUGGAAGUUUAUUGAUCUAUUUAAAUGGACCAAUCACAGCGAACUUAACACCUUGGCUGACCAAUCGCGUAGCACCUUCUAUUUAG